AUGAGCAUUUUGAAAGGAAGACAAAAGUUGAUGCUCGUGACAAUAUUCAUAGCAUGUGUGGUUAUAAGUAACAUGAACGUAGCAGCUGCAAGAGUGAUUACCUAUCCAACAAUAGGACGUGGCGAUCCUCUACCAGAUUGCGAUCAUGGCAAAUGUCCACCCCAACAAGUGGCUCCGUACAGACGUGGAUGUGAAAGAUCACAAAGGUGUCGUGGUCCACCAGGUGGACGGAACCGAAAAAACCGGGUUCGGAUCCGUUCUGGAUCUUUCAAAUUAUAA